CUGAGGUGGAAAUUCUUCGCGAGAAAGUAACUAAGCAAAUCAUUAAGGAAGGCCAUGGUCACAAGCCAUCAAAGUAUUCAAGAUGCUUCUUGGUGGCAGAAAAAAAAAAGAAAUGACUGGUUUGGCUAUUGGUGUCUCGAGCAUGAAGUCUGGUGAACGUGUGCUGUUACAUGUGAGAUGUGAAUUAGGUUAUGGGAAAAAAGGAAGCUUUUCUUUCCCAAAUGUUCCACCCAUGACAUACUUAUUACAUGAGGUUGAGCUUAUCGGGUUUGAUGAAACCAAAGAAGGAAAAGCUCGCGGUGACUUGACUGUAGAGGAAAGGAUUGGUGCAGCAGAUCGAAGAAAGAUGGAUGGGAAUGCUUUAUUUAAGGAGGAUAAGCUAGAGGAGGCCAUGCAAAAGGAUGAAAUGGCCAUAGCAUACAUGGGUGAUGACUUUAUGUUCCAGUUAUUUGGGAAGUAUAGAGACAUGGCUUUAGCUGCCAAAAAUCCAUGUCACCUCAACAUAGCAGCUUGUGUGGUAAAGCUCAAGCGCUAUGAAGAAGCCAUUGGACACCGCUCCAUUGUGAGUGCGCAUUCCAGCUGAAAUUUUCACUUCUCUAUUUAAAUUUCUUCUGGUGGUUUAGAAUGUCAACCAUGAAAAACACAAGCCUUAGUCACUACAAUUGUAAGUUUUGAUCCUUAAUUUACUGGUUUGUAAACAAGAAAGUGAUUAACUUGUAUGGGCUCAUUGUAAUUCUUGGAAAGAAUUAGUGUAAAAGAUUGCUGAUACUUUGCAUUUUUUUCUUGCAUACUUCCAAGACUAAACAGUGAUAUUUUAGGUCUUUUGUGUCUCAAUCCUGAUCUUAGGAAUAUAACAGCUGCCAUGAAGCAGUUUGUGUCAUGAUUCCUACACACUCGGCUAGUUCGCUUGAGAUUCCACCCCUUGAAUGUGAAAGCUAUGUUUGUGGUCAUGAUGAUGAUGUUUGGUGUUUUAACAAGAUGAAAACAAUGUGAAAGCUAUGUUCAGACGAGGAAAGGCCAGAGCAGAACUUGGGCAAACAGAUGCUGCUCGGGAAG